AUGUCUCAGAUGGAAAUCGCCAUAGAGGCCAUCAUCAACAUCUUCCACCAAUAUUCGGUCCGGAAACCUCACCCAGACAAGCUGAGCAAAGGGGAAACCAAGCAGCUCAUUGAGAAGGAGCUUGCGGGGUUCUUGAAGAACCAAGUCAACCCGGCCGGCAUUGAGGCACUUUUCAAGGAGCUGGAUCAAGACCAAGACAAAGAGCUCUCUUUUGAAGAAUUCAUGCAGCUGAUCACGAAGGUCUCUAUUGAUACUCACACCAAUCUGCACAAAGAGUGACGGAGGAAGCAGUGAUGCUGCCGUUUGGAUGCAGAAAAGAAGAAGGGAGUGAGGGCAGAAAAAAGGGAGGAAACGAAACAAAAAAAUCAGAAGGAGGGCAGAAAUGACGAAAGCGCAAAACGCACGCAUGCCAGGAGGGGUGUGUGCCCUGCAUACAAGGGCCUGAUCUGGU